AUGCAGGCCGCUGUGAUGGCACAACCCUCACAGGUCCCGUCCUACGGUGGUGCAAUGCCACUGCCCGUCCGCCGCAAGCCUAUAGCAAAUCCCGGUAUCGCGGUGCGACCGCCGCAGGGACAGUACAGCGACGGCCAGAUGGGCCACUCCCGCACACGAACAACCUCCUCCGGCGUCUUCCCCGUUGCUCCUUCGCCCACUGCCUCCACCAUGAACUCGCAAUAUCCCCAGUACCCCUCGCAGUACCAGAGCUCUCUGCGCCGCACGCCCACGUCGUCGACCAGCUCGACCACCGGCACGCCAAACCGCUCCAACAGCGGUGCCCUCCGCCGCUCUUCGUCCACUCGCUCAGGCACCUCGCCCACCUCCUAUGUCGCCCUCAUGCGGAAACAGAAGGCCACGGUCUGGUGUGACAGGGCCCAGUAUGAGGACCCUCGCAUUCAGGCCCAGCAGCGCCAGGCGAGGAUGCGAGCAAACAUGGAAGUCGCUGGCGGCAAGAACGCUCCUGCACGGGGUCCUUCAGGCAGCUCAAGCAUGGCUGCCGGCGUGCGAUCCAAGGUGCGCCAUCACGGUGCCCCCAAGGCUACGUUGUAUGCGCCCACUACCUACACCGGUACGGGCGUGCCCAUGCGCCUGAGCGCCUCUGAGGUAGACGAGGGCGACGAUGACGACAAUGGCUCGAUUGGAGGACAGUACCACCACCGCACCGGUUCUGGUCGCAGCUCGCUAGGCUCAGGCCGCCGCAUCUCUUACGCCAACCCUGCCGGUCGCAUCUCCUCCAACUCCUCACCUCCGCAAAAUUCGUCACCAGACGAACUCGGCGACCUGGCUGAGGAACCCACACCGAACCCGAACUACGAAGCGAACGACUACUUUGUUGAGAAGACAAAGACAAAUCUCUCCACCGGCAGCGGCAGUAGCGAGGAACGAAACUUUGGCGCCGUGGCCCCAAUGAAGUCACUGCCGAAGCUCGAAGUUAUCAAGAACUCUGAUUUGAUGAGAAAGGGCAGUGUGGACGAGCGGACAACGACGAUGAGCAACACGCGUCUUUUCAUCGCCAAUCCGGAUGCGGAUAGCGACUAA